GGACAGCGAGCGGGGAUGAGCGCGUCCCUGAGCUGGGCGGCGGCGGCUCUGCUGCGCUGGGGGCGCGUCGCGGGUGGCGGAGGCCUGCCCGGAGCCGGUGUGCGGGCGGCGAGCUCGGGCAGCCAGGCGGAGCAGCUAGACGCGCUGGUGAAGAAGGACAAGGUGGUGGUGUUCCUCAAGGGGACGCCCGAGCAGCCCCAGUGCGGCUUCAGCAACGCCGUGGUGCAGAUCCUUCGGCUGCACGGUGUCCGCGACUAUGCGGCCUACAACGUACUGGAUGUCCCGGAGCUGAGGCAAGGUAUUAAAGACUAUUCCAACUGGCCAACCAUCCCGCAAGUGUACCUCAACGGCGAGUUUGUGGGGGGCUGUGACAUCCUCCUGCAGAUGCACCAGAAUGGGGACCUAGUGGAGGAACUGAGAAAGCUGGGGAUCCGCUCUGCCCUGACUGACGACAAGAACCAGGACUCCAAGUGAGGGCUCCGGUCCUCGCGGGCACAGCGCCCUCUCCAUCCUCCGGGCGGGAAAGCCUUACUGCGUGGUGGUGUCCUGUUGCUGUGCCGCCUGCCCUGGGCCUCCUGGCUUGCAGUCGGGCAGGUGCUUUUACUUUAGUCUUUGGCUCAGAAUCCCCUCUGGUGAACUUAGAACCACUGCACUGUAAAUCAAUGGCGUGACCCUGUGUGGCUGUAACCCUAA